UUCAGCGGGCUGGCCAUCAUGACGAAAGCCGCUGCCGGAGGAGGCUGGUACCUGGCUGGGAGAAGCCGGCUCAGCUGCUGCUCUUGGCGCGCAGGAGACGGCGGCGAAAGACGCGGAGAGGCAGCAUGAGCGGGCACGUCGGGGACCUGAGCGGCAAGCAGGAGGAGGCGCUGGCCAAGUUUCGUGAAAACAUCCAAGACAUCCUGCCACUGCUCCCUGCCCAGGAUGACUAUUAUGUCUUGAAAUGGCUCCGAGCCCGAUGUUUUGACCUGACGAAAUCUGAAGCCAUGCUCCGGAAGCAUGUUCAGUUCCGGAAACACAUGGACGCUGACCAUAUUGAGGAAUGGCCGAUCCCAGAGGUUAUCGAAAAGUACAUGUCUGGGGGACAAUGUGGUUUCGACCGGGAUGGUUGCCCCAUCUGGUACGAGAUCGUCGGACCACUUGAUGCCAAAGGGAUCCUCUUCUCAGCUUCCAAGCAAGAUCUGCUAAAAAAAAAGCUUCGGGACUGUGAGAGGUUGCGAAGUCUGUGUCUUGAGCAGACCAAGAAACUGGGGAAGAAGGUUGAGACCAUCGUGAUGAUUUACGAUUUUGAAGGACUGGGUCUUAAGCAUCUUUGGAAGCCGGGUGUCGAUGUUUACACAGAGCUUCUCGGCUUGUUUGAAGACAACUUCCCAGAAUCCCUUAAGCGCCUCUUUAUCAUUAAAGCUCCCAGGCUCUUCCCCGUGGCUUACAACCUGGUGAAGCACAUCCUGAGCGAAGACACACGCAACAAAAUUGUCAUCCUGGGAGCGAACUGGAAGGAGGUCUUGCAAAAACACAUUGACCCUCAGGAGCUCCCUGUGGAAUAUGGCGGGACCCUCACCGACCCAGAUGGCAACCCCAAAUGCAAGACUAAGCUUAACUAUGGGGGUGAAGUCCCCAAGGAGUACUACAUGCAGGACCAGCUGAAAGAGCAGUACGAACACUCCGUGGUGGUGAACCGGGGCUCCUCCCAACAGAUGGAAUACGAGAUUCUGUUUCCCAGCUGUGUGCUCAGGUGGCAGUUCAAGUCCGAAGGCGGCGACAUAGGCUUUGGGGUCUACCUGAAGACCAGAGCCGGGGAGCGCCAGCACGCUGGCGAGAUGACCGAAGUGUGUCCGAACCAGCGCUACAACGCCCACAUGGUGCCCGAAGAUGGCUCCCUCACCUGUGCCGACGCGGGUGUCUACGUCCUGCGGUUUGACAACACGUACAGCUUCCUCCAUGCCAAGAAAGUCAGCUACACAGUGGAGGUUCUGCUGCCGGACAAGAAAUGGGAAGAACAGAUCCAGCAGCUGGAAGACCAGACAAAGGAUCUCAAGAUCAGCCAUGCCUGAUGGAGCCUGCUUUUCCCAAGCGGAGAACUUCACGCCUCCCUCCAGCCCAUAAGACAGUGGCAGUGGGAGAAUCCUUUAGAGGACGAGGUAGUGGAGUGAAGUCUUCAGAGAUAGAAUAUAUGGGGUUUGGGGAGUUAACUGGGGUGGGGAGCAUAGUGGCUGACGUCUGGAAGACUUUGCCUGGACGCGGGUGGCACCUGGGGCACCCUCUUGUAUGAUUAUCCUCCAUGGUUGUAUGACAAGGCUAAGCCCCUUAAGACAUUGAUGCAGACCUGUUUUUUAUGGCAGUGGAGAGUUGGUGUCUGUAUGGCCAAUAUUUGGGAUUGGCUACCUUCUCUCCAGGUUUUGUGCUUCUUCUUCUUCUUCUUCUUCUUCUUCUUCUUCUUUUGGCCAACCUGGUGAGGGACAGCUGGAAUAGCCUGCCUGUUCUAUUUGCAUAAAGCCAUAGACCUAGGGUGUACAUGGCCUGGGUGGAAAGAGGAGAGAAGUUCAUAGGUAAGCUGGGAAGGCAGCAAAACCACAACAUGACCCAACACAGCCACCAGGUGGUAGUAUCAGCCUUGGUCACUUGCCCGUCACACUCCUUUCUCGAGAGCUCUGUAACAAGCCGACCUCUCCCAUCUGUCUGAGCGGGGUGUGGCCGGCAUUUCCUGCUGAGCCUCUCUUCCAGUUCUUUCUCUUAUCCCGAAGCCUACAACUCCUAGCAAGAUGCUGAGAUCAAGGCUUUUCUCCAUUCAUUUUUCUGACACGGGUUUAACAGACUUUGUGGGCCUUUUAUUGUAAUGUAGCACUCUGAAGGCCUCCUUCUCUGCUCAGAGGGCAGCUGGUCACGUAAGCGGAGAUGUUUGCCGACUGAUCUUCAAGGUGCUGCACAAGCCAUGAACACGUCUUGUACUGGGGCAUAUGAGCAGUCUUCAUGUGGGACUGAAAGAGGGGAGAGCCUUGUGCAACUCUUAGAGCUCCAAAGGUUGUCUAAACAUGCCCCCCCCCCCGUGGAUGUUGUUGGACUACAACUCCCAUCAUCCUCAGUGACAAUGUUGGUAGUCCAACAUCAUCUGGGCCCUCCACAUUUGACAAGCCCUGGAUCUUGACUGCAGCAGAAGCUUUCAUGGACCCUACUGCUUUGGACAGUGUCUUGUGAAGGCGACACUCAAGUCCACACAAGCUUGUUGUGCUGAAAUAAACGCGUUGGUCUUUAAGGUGCCACAGGUCACCUUUGCUGCUGCAGAUAUAGGGGUGUAACCCCUCUUCACUUUGUACUGCUGAUCUGAAUUAUACUUUGGAUUCCCCUUCCCUCUUGUACUUUCUCUUUCUUCUGUACGAUUUCUUUCUCCCCAUCAUUAUGUAUUCAGAUUUGCUAACCACAGGCAAAGAUGGCACCCGUGAGCUGCACUACUGUUGUUCACUAAUUUUCACUGUUGUGAAAGUAAUCUAGAAUUUUAAAAAAGUUUUUACACUA